AUGGACGCCGUGGACGUCGUGGACGUCGUGCCCACCUUCCAGUGCGCCCCGCAGGCCGAGGUGCUGGAGGACGUGCUGCAGGAGCAGUUCGGGCGGCUGCCCCAGCUGGCUGCCAUCUGCCGGCUCAAGCGGCUAUCCUCCGGCGGCUACUCGCCCACCGAGGACCUGCAGCUGGUGCUGGAGCGGCGGCGAGUGGCCAACGCCAAGGAGCGCGAGCGGAUAAAAAAUCUCAACCGUGGUUUUGCCAAACUGAAGGCACUUGUGCCAUUUCUUCCCCAAAGCAGGAAGCCUAGCAAAGUGGAUAUCCUCAAGGGUGCUACCGAAUACAUACAAGUUCUCAGUGAUGUUUUGGGAGAAAGCAAAGAAUCUGAGAAACAAGAUCUAUGUCACCAGAACUACAGCAGCAGUACUUCUGAACCAGAUGUAUUUUUGGCUGGAGAGUUAUCAAGAAAUAUUACCCAACAUGCCAAUGUUGUGGGCUUGAAGAAUGAGAAGGAAAGACCCUGGGCAGAUGGUGGCAGUGGUGAGUCAGCAUAUGCUUAUCAACAGACUGGAGCUAUCUCCCCUGCCAGGAGUCUGAAUUAUCAGGAUAGAUUUCCAGAAGUUGGACUCUUGAGUCACAGGCAGUUCCGGGCAGUUGGUGGUGCGGAGCGGGAGGCCGUGGGCGCGGGGCCCAGCUGGACUGCAGCGGCGCAGGCGGCGGGCAGUGCGGGCGGGGGCACUGCAGCACCGCGGCGGGCGCGGGCCGGCUGGACAGAGGCCCGCUAG